GUUGUAGGAGUUGGAAUCGCCCUGCUCCCUGGUAUUCCACAGGGAGACACAGCCCCUUGUCGGAGCUGAGGGCUAUGGCCGAACCUAGAGAUCAUCGAGGAAAACAUCGUUCCAUCCCCCACCCCGAAUCCCGAACUCGCUGCCGACGCAGAGCGCUGCGGUCUCCGGACAGCGAGUACGCCGGGUAGCGCAGCGCCUCAUCGGGCUGCGUUCCCCUCCUGCACCCCUGUGUAUUCUUUGCCUACAGCAGCCAGUAGCUAUCUUGCGAGACGAACGCGGCAGGUUGGUUGGCUAGAUGGACGGAGGGGUAGCUUACAAGAGACUGGAGAGGCUGCCAGUGCGGCCGUCAUCGGCCAGCACGUAGCAACGAAGCAGUGGCGUUGUCAAACGAUUGCUCGGUCCGUCCAGUUGGGCGACGGAGGCCGUUGGGUGGACGAGAGGGACCUGCUGUUAGGUGAAGAGGGAGGGGUGGUGGCGACUUGCAUUAUCAGUCAUUAGGUAAGAGAUGGCUACAAUGACUCUCGUUGCUGUGGAGGCGGCGCGAAUGGCGGGCGUUGGCGUCCGCGUCGGCGCGUCAGCGUCGUUUGUCGGCAAGGCGCGCGAGUGCGGCGAUGUCGCCGGCGCAGCCGGGCUGGUGAGCGAAUUGUCGCACCAUGCGGCACAGGGCACAAUGCCGGCGUCAUGGCCGGCUGCAAUGCAGUCGAAGGAAAUGGCGGGCACUCCCGCGCGUCUACCGCCCAUCUGUCGCGGGAGCUGUCUGCAAAUGGGGUCGUCCGCGAUGGUGAAUGCUACGCCAAAGAGCUGCGGCAGAUUCCGUGUUACCUCUGGAAGCUGUAGAGUGGGACCUGGCAAAGGCUUCCAGACGUUCUGUAUGAAAGUGGCGAAGGGACUGUCGUUUCUCCCCUUGAGUGCAACAGCGUCGCUGAGAGGGAGACGCUGGGCCAUGACAGGGCUGGGGAAGAGCCACGCGGCGGCCGCAAGACGACGACGAGGUGGAACCGCUGCUGCAGGCGGCAUGGCCAUGGCGACCGGGUCAUCGUCUCCGGAGAGAGAGAAGGACUCCAAACAGCGCGUUGUGAUAACAGGAAUGGGUCUCUGCUCGACCUUCGGCAAUGACGUGGACACGUUCUACGGCAAGUUAUUGGAUGGCGUGAGUGGUGUGGACUUCAUCGACCGUUUCGAUGCCUCUAGCUUUCCGACGAAGUUCGCCGCCCAGAUCCGGAACUUCAGCAGCGAGGGUUACAUCGACCCGAAGAGCGACCGCCGUCUCGACGACUCCCUCAAGUACGCUCUCGUCAGCGGAAAGAAGGCUCUGGAGGACGCCCAUCUCAGCGGCAAGGGGUUGGAGAAGAUCGAUAGGCAAAGGGUCGGAGUUCUGGUUGGAAGCGGGAUGGGUGGAUUGACUAUGUUCUCUGACUGCGUGCAAGCGCUGAUCGAGAAAGGCUAUCGGAGAAUCUCUCCCUUCUUCAUACCGUACACGAUAACAAACAUGGGGAGUGCUUUGCUGGCCAUCGAGUGCGGAUUCAUGGGCCCCAAUUACUCAAUCUCGACAGCGUGUGCGACAUCUAAUUACUGCAUUUACGCGGCAGCCAAUCAUAUCAGACGCGGGGAAGCGGACGUGAUGUUGUCUGGCGGCACGGAGGCGGCGAUCAUUCCCGUCGGGUUGGGGGGUUUCGUUGCGUGCAGAGCGCUGUCGACGAGGAAUGACGAUCCGAUGACUGCCUCCCGGCCGUGGGACAAGGGAAGGGAGGGGUUUGUCAUGGGAGAAGGAGCGGGUAUCUUAGUCAUGGAAAGUCUGGAGCACGCGCAGAAGAGAGGAGCACGGAUCUUUGCCGAGUACCUCGGUGGCGCUGUGACGUGUGACGCCCACCAUAUGACUGAUCCGCGACAAGAUGGCCUCGGAGUGUCGACGUGUAUUGAGAAGGCUUUGGAGGACAGCGGUGUCGCUGCCGAAGAAGUCAACUACAUCAAUGCGCAUGCCACGUCGACGAUCGUUGGUGACGUGGCAGAAUUGAAAGCCAUCAAACAAGUCUUCAAGAACCCCGGCGACAUCACGAUGAAUGCCACUAAGUCGAUGAUUGGGCACUGCCUCGGCGCCGCAGGCGGUCUGGAAGCCAUCGCGACGAUCAAGGCCAUUCAGAGUGGGUGGAUCCAUCCCACGAUCAACCAGAUCGAUCCUGAACCCCUGGCACUCGAGUUUGACACUGUGCCAGGAAUGAAGAAGGAGCUCGAUGUCCACGUGGCGGUCUCCAAUUCAUUUGGUUUCGGAGGCCACAACUCUUGUAUCGUCUUUGCCCCCUUCAGACCUUGAGACAGUGCCAUCCGUCCUAUUCACCUCACCCUGUUCUUGUUCUGCCGGCGGGCAUGUAAUUCGGCGUGCCUGUUUGUCCUGUCUCCGUUUGGUGAGUAUCCGUGGCUCUUCUCUUGAGAAUGCAAUGGUUUCUUCCACGUGCCUGCUAUGAAUCUGAUUGAACAGUAGCCUUCUGGGGCGUGGCAGGCCACCAACAGAUCACUCAUCAUUUAUCAGCGAAUGUUCGGUGGGGCCCGCGGAGAGAGAGAGAGAGAGAGAGAGAGAGAGAGAGAGAGAGAGGUUUGAGAAGUGUGGUUUAUGGAGUGAUGAGAAGCGAGGAGAGAGGAAAUGAUGCAGCAAUUUCAAGACGAGGACGCAGUUCGACUUGAGAAACCAAAUUUUCGGAUAUGGAGGGGCCUCCCAAGCUGGCAAGUUUCGGGGCAUUUUUCCAGUGUGCUCGUAUACGCAUAGCUUCCAGUUCAGCGAAGCCAUGGGGAAGCCUGCCCACUGCCGUAAUUUCGCAGACUUUCUUCUAGAUUCUCUUUUUUUUAGGUUGUGCAUUCCUUCUGGAUGGGAAAGAAAUGGAAGAAUCUUGAUAUGAUCUCAUAUGUAUUGUUCGAGACAUGUGUGCUACAUAUAUUCUUAAGACUCACAAUGGGGUAUGGAUAUUUUCCCAUAGAUGCGGAGUUGCUAAUGAAACAUUUCUGUUAGUUGUUCCCCUCCUCCCCUCCAGCUCCCUCUUUCACGCGUUUCUAUCCUUCCCUUCUCCGCCCCCCUUCCGCCCUUGUGGAUUGAGUUUUACCAGACUUGGCGUUGGACAGCGCCUCGAGAGAACCUUCUCGCCAUUAGUCUAAUACUUGACACAAGAUGGUCAAAGAGAGUCGGUACUUUAAUUUCCUGCAAAAAACAAAGAAAAGUAUGUUGAUAAUUCAAUAGAUCUUCAUAAAACGUGGUGGAUAGCUCCAGUCCGUCGGCAAAGUAAGACUUCUAUUAAGGGUUAGGCUGCCUAGCAGUCCGUGGGUUCCUUGUUUUAUGGUAAGGGGUGAAUCUUGUGCAGGAGGGUCAAUAUCAUUCCCAUUGCUCAAAAUAGUUUACUUUGUCUGUCAUGAUCAUGCACGCUCUUCUUCGUGUGACCUUUGCCCGUCGUAGAUGCCUCUCACUUUCUUCCUUUCCUUUGUGCUUGCUGUCUUCAUUUUAUCUUCCUUCCAUUUUUCUUAGCUGUUUAUCGUUGCCCUGUGUUUCUUUCAUGUUUUGCUUUUUUGUUUUUCUCUGGCUGCUUCCUUUCCUCUCCUCUCCUCUGCGGCUUUUAUGUCUUUUGGCUCUAUUUCUUUGUCGUCAUUUUUCUUGCGUUGUGUUUCAGUUGCCUGCCUCUUAAGCUC